AUGAUGGAGGAGAAAGAGGAACCCUCACAUUCCUGUGAAUCUCACAAACUUUCAUCAAAAUUUGUUUUACCUGUUUCGUUUGUUUCGCUGCUUAUUUGCCUUACUGCUUUAGUCCGAGUGGAGAUCAUAAACCAGCGAGUUCAUGCUAUUGAAGAUUUGAUAGCGGAAGUACAUGUACAUCAAGCAUCGAAUCAAGAAGCUGCCAGAGGUGGUUUAUACUUAGUCAAGUCUGUUGGUAGUUUUGGUUAUAACUGGAAUACAAAACAACAAUGGAAGGAAUACACUGACGGUAAAGUGAACACAUUUACUACGCUGCAAAUUUAGCUCUGUAAACAACAUUUAUCCCAUUCGCCUCCUGAAUUUAAAACAAAGAGACUUAAGAUUCUACAUUGGAAUUUGUUACCUUUCGAUAAACAAAUUUCUUACCGUUUGUUAAUUAUACCAAUUCCCUGCUAUGACUUCAAAAGGCUAAAAUAUAUACUUACAUAAUUCUCCUUCUUGGUUUAUCUUAAAAUAUCACCAAGAUAAUUUAGAAAGCCUCUUAAUAUAAAGUGCAAUUAGUUAGCAAAACCCAGAGGAGAUGCCUAUUCCAGUAAGUUUCAUUUUUCACGUAGAACGAUAGUGGGCAAGUUUUGACAAAACGCUUAUGAUUUAGCUGAUUAAGAAAAACCUUAGUGGUAAUUACACACCGAAAAACAAACGGAAAGAGUUGGAACGUGAUCACCAUGAUACUAGUGGUCACGUCCCCUUACUUAUUAACCAUUCAUUUUCGAAUAAUGUCAAAAGCCUGCUUAUACCACUCUGGCCUUUUCGUAGAAAAAGCAACAGAAAAUGUUAAUAAAACGUGCUUCAGCCGUAGGAAAUAUAGGAGGUCAGGGAUUAAAGUAACAAGAGCCGAAACAGGCUGGAACGUUAAGCAUUGAGUUCUCUCUAAGGGGUCAGUCUGGUUAAAAGCAUUAUUUUUCGCUGAACAAUUUUCUAGCCAAGAUCUCAUUUAAUCAAAAAAUGAUUAAAUUAAGUUGGAGUCCUUAAUUCAAUAUUUUUUUGAGAAAUUUUGGAUGAUUUGUCGAAUGUUUUUUAAUGUGUGGAAAGAAAUAGGGGGGAGGGGUGUUUAAAAUUUUCGAAAAAUUGGAAAACAUUGGAUUUGGGGAUUGUUUUCAAACAUGAAGUGAAUAAUUAGUAGACAACUACCAAAUAGUCCACCACCACAACAAAGUACCUCUGAUCCAAUUAGCAGGCGAACUGGUUUAUGUGUAUACCUUUUCUACCCUACAUGUAAUUUAUUUCCUUCUCAAAUCAACAUCAUUUCCUCCCAAAAAUAAGGUGAAUGGCGGUCAGUUCAUGAAGCUGAUUGAAAUUGUCAAAGGAGAUUGAGGAUACCAUUUUUACAAGUGUAUGGACAUGAUUUGUCUUAUUUUCAAUUCGCGUCAACGUUGCGGUUGGGAUAAAAUGCCAAAGAAUAUAAUUUCAAAAGCAUUUCGACAUUUUUCUGAUAAUGGAAUUCAACAAUGGCGACCGGAGUGUUGUGUACGCAUGUAUUGUUGAUCUCGUUUGAUACUCGGAUGAGGCGUCGUGCCCGGGUAAGUAGGGAACUUAAGAACCACGACGAAGUUCAAGACGACGACCUCUGUUGACUGGAAAAAGAUUGGAACGAGAACGUCAGUUUCGGCAGGAAAAAGGAGACUUAAGAUGCAGUCGGUCGGUAGGUCGACGACGACGACACUGAAUGUAAACACAAAUGUAAAACUGUGAUGUUUGUUCGCAAAACGUUUUUUGUAAUGGCGUCUUUUAAAACAAUGCAAGAUUUUAUUUUUUAAGCCGUACGUCUAAUUUCAUUGACGAUGUGGAAUUUUUUGUGUUGUCUGGCCUUUUCGAGUGGAAAAACGCCUGCUUUCCGUAAGAAGAUUAUUCAACUUUCAACCUGAAUGAGUUGACCGAGUCUGACUGUCUGUCAUAGUUUAGAUUUGGAAAAAGAGACAUUCUGAUGUGAUAGCUGUUUUCCGUAUAAAGUUUAUUUCCUCUUUAGUAAUUAAAGCUAUAUGAUUUGCCUUACCUAAAUACGUACAAAUAAAUUUAUCACUUACGAGUUCGCUCGCUUGGCCUCCACAGCUGUUGUGUCAUUUUUUCGAGGUAAAAACAAUUCAUUUGUCGAAUUUUCAAUGAACAUCGGUUUUUAGGAGAAAAAAGGAACGAUACCUGGAUUUACGAGAAUAACAAAAUGCAAAGGACUUCAAAAAUCGUUUAAAACAGUGGAUUUAUACCUGCCGAAGCUUGUGGAUUGCUGGACGACGUGAUUCUACUUUGUUUGGCGUCGUCGACGACGAAAUUUACUGGUCGCGCUUGCUUAGUACACUGUAACUCACUUUCGGUCGUCGGAUGCCGUGGAUUUCUAGAAAGUUUUUACGCGUAUAUUGCUCCAAUUCUUCCAGAUCAAAGUCAAUUCCAUCUUUUUCCUCGGUGACUGUUUGCAAUUUCUGCUUGGUAAAUUGGUGCUCCUUUUUAGCUCUGCAUUCUCUUUUGAAGUUUGUUCCAACAUGAAGUCCAGCUUCUUCCACUUAAGCAUUUCGUCUUUGAGAGUUGUUUUUAAAUGCAUUACCUCCUCUCUUAGGCUAAGAUUCUCCUGUUUCAACGUCGAUAAGGUUUCUUGUAUACUGGAUAGCAUCCCGUUUAAUUCGGUUAGACUCGUCUCAGGUUCGGAGCUGUCGUGGGAACGAGAAGAAGGAGAAGCCGUUGCCUUGCUGGAGUCCGCCAUGUUUGGACGUUUCGCGUCGUUCGUUUCGUCUUCUUCAACAGAUCCUAUGGCUCCUCGUUUGUUUUUUCACCGCUUUUUCUCAUUUACACUAGGUUGAUUAUAUUAUCAUGUAAGAUUCUACCUUCAUUUCUCACAGUUCCAGGCACAUUUAGGAAGGGAGCGCUCCGCUUCAAAAUACACGUCCGAACCGUUUGCACUCACGCAUGCUCUCUCUUUGUGCGUGUUUGGCGUCGUCGACGACAAAAAAUUUCCUGGUCGCGCUUGCGCAGUACACUGUAACUCACUUCCGGUCGUCGUCGUGGUUCUUAAGUUCCCUAGUAUGUGGAAAAGAUUUAUUGGAUCUAUAAGCGGUAUGGAAACGUUUCAGCGAUUGGCUCGCUUCGGGUCGAAACCGUCGGAACCAGAUUCCUGUAAAAGUGACAAUAAGUCAAUUCUAUCCAGUAUUUGUUCAAUACGACUAACAAUCAAAUGUAUUCUAUCGGUAGAUAACAUUCACAAGUUGAGAACCCGUCGUUUGGCUUCUGACAGUCUAACAGAUCAAAGGCUCACUAUCCAAGUAGUCAAGAGGGAGAUAAACAAGACCUUACUUUCACUAACACCACAAGUAUUUUGUUCAAAGAAUGAAAAAAUAUGUUUGCAUGGUCCGCCCGGAAGGCGGGGUCCUAAAGGAUCACGUGGUCGAAGGGGACCUCGCGGAGUCACAGGAAGAAAAGGUGCAAGGGGAGAAACAGGGGAUCCAGGGCUAGACGGGAAACAAGGACCUGUUGGUCCACCCGGGCUGAAAGGAGAGCAAGGUAUUAAAGGAGAGCCGGGACCUAGCGGAUUACCUGGUGCAAAGGGAGAACCGGGAGAAUCAAUUUCAUCCCCGGUGGUUACGAUAUCACCUAUGAAACAAACUGUCAGGGAGAACCAGAAUGCAGUAUUCCAGUGUUCUGCGACCGGAAAUCCACGACCAACGAUCACGUGGUCACAGGCCCAUAAGUCUGGCUUGUCGGAUAGUCUCCAAUUUGAGCCAAAUGGAAAACUGGUGGUACGUAAGGUGACUCUUGCAGACUCUGGAAGAUAUAUCUGUGCUGCAAGGAGUGCAUUUGGUUCGGCAAACAUCUCCGCUAGUCUGCAGGUUGAAGGUAAACAGAAGAUAACCACAGGGAGUCUGGUAACGCAAUGUUUGCUUUGUUGGUCUUAAUUAUACAUGAAAUUGCAUAACCUUGGUACAUGCGUUAUGCUUAAGAAUAAAGAAUCCAAUAUGGUUAUUGUAAUUUAGCUAACGCUAUUCAUCUUGGUUGAAUUACAGUUAUUACUUUUGUUUAAUUAGCUCCCCCUCGCAUUCAGCUAGCCCCAGCUCCCACUCAUGCUAAAGUGAGGCAAAACAUCAGGCUCCCUAAAUGUCAUGUGACUGGAUUUCCCGCACCAGCUGUGACCUGGAGAAAGUUAACCGGCUACCUUCCAAGGAACAGAGCUGUAUUCCACACAGGAUCAUUAACCAUACAAGCUGCCCUGAGCAGCAAUUCGGGGCCUUAUGAGUGUACAGCCAGAAACCGUCUUGGACAGGCGUCCAAAAUAACGACUUUGUUCGUUUGGUCUAGGCCAACAUUCACCACGAAGCCACCUAGCGUGGUAGUUAAAGUUCUCGGUGAAGAUCUAUCUCUAGACUGCACUUCUACCAAUCAAGCCUCAGUUUCGUGGAGACGUGUCGGGGGAGCCUGGGAGAAACAACGAAUGAAAGUUGAAAAUGGAACGCUAAAGAUCUCCUCACUCAGGAUGUCUGAUUUUGGGGAUUACAUCUGUGAAGCGAAACUUUUAACAUUUUAUAGCAUCCAAACAAAGACUACACUCGAUCUAGGUAAGAAUAACCGAUGUAAAGGUCGCAAAAAAUUGUUGGCUGAAUGAAUGAUAUCUUUACUUGUGUGUCAAUACAAGACUAGAUUUUUCACUAAAAUGUCUUGAGGGAUUGACAGUUUUUUCUUCAGUCGGUAGGUGGCUCCGGUUUGGAGCUAAAGUCCAUUUUCAGUUUAUACAUCAAGAUGCAAAUAUUUUUUAAUUGCCCGGCUUUUGAAGUGAGUAAAUUUGCCCUAUCUCAGAAAGCCUUCAAGUUGUUUGUUUUGUUUGUCUUUCCUGUAUUCUUUUUUGUAUCUACUCGUAUCGCUUGCUCCAAACCAAAUGACAAUAAGUUAAAUGAGGUACGACAGCCGCCUGAUAAAGCAACCAGUCAACCUUUGUACCAAGAGGGCUUUUUAAGGCACACAACGUAUUUUACGCUGGGCGAGAGAAUCUAGGUAGGAUUUAGACUUUUCACAACAUUAUCAGUGCCGGGUCCGGACUUUGGGAUAAGGGAUACUCAGGCGAUGGAAGGAAAUGCACUGGUAAGCUGUAUGGUGUAUGUAUAAAACAUAUAGUUAAAAGUGUAUUUCGCAAUACACCCUGUAUAUAAUGUUAUUGUGUUACGUAAGAACUCAUAAACUAUGAUGUCACGAUUGUGUAAUCCACUUAAACGUGCAACAAGUUGUUAUCAUAUCGAAGAAUACAUCAAACUACCACUUUUAAAAUUCUUACAACUUUAACUACAUGUUCAUUUGCAGAUAUCGAUGAAUGUUCUGCCAACACUCACAGCUGUGACGUCAAUGCAAUGUGUAGCAACACUUUAGGUUCUUACGCAUGCGCCUGUAAAGCAGGAUACUCAGGCGAUGGAAGGACAUGCACUGGUAAGCUGUAUAGUGUAAUAAAGAAACAAAGUGUAUAAGAUUUAGUUGCUCAUUAAAAUGUGGAACGAUUGCAGCUACAGUAAAUCUUACGAAUGGGCUUUCAGUGUUUAGGUUCUUCCAGCUCUCACAGCUGUGACGAUUAUGUAUAUUGCAGCUUGCAGCACCUCAGAAACGUACAUAGAGAAAAUAGCUUUAGAGAAUAGUCCAUCUUUGGUUUUGUAGAUUUAUAUGAAUGCAUUUCCAGAAUAUAAAUCCUUACAAAAAUAAGGACAAUGAUUCAGUGGAGUAAUUAAUACAAUAAAAACUGCAUAGAGUAACUAGACCUAUUGACGUUCUCCCGGCGAAUAGUCUGCAAAUGAAUUCUUACCUUGAAAUACGAGCAAACUAGGCACGUGUGGUUGCAUUGUGUACCUUGUUCUCCGCCGAUAAUCUUGUUUUUCCUAUGAAAUAUUAAUUUCACCUUGUCACACUUUGCGGCAUGAAAACCAUACAAAGGAGAUGUUUAUAAUUAAAACGUUGUACAAUCCUUCAAAAAGCCUCCUGGGUAUAUAUACGUAUCGUGUCCGUAUCAUAGAGAUUCGACUGUAAUGUAAGGUUUUGAAUCAUAAUCAGUUUUACGUAUUCGUAAAAUUACGCUUCAAAACCUAUCAUUACAGUCGGAUCUCUAUGAUACGGACACUACAGUGUCAGUCGUACCAAUUAAAGAGGUACGAAAUGUAUAGAUUUGGCAUCCCCUAGGACCAAGAGAGCUGUCCGUAUUAAUUAAACUGAAAUUUGUACUCAUUGUAGAGUUGUCCGCGGGGAGAGCUUUGACUGGCUGUCAUUCAUUCUGAUUGAAAAAAAAAAAAAAAAAAAAAAAUUCAGGACAUGAUCACCCAAACACUCAAUGCCGAGUUUCAUCCGAUAUCUAUACAUUUAGAAACUGGCGCUAACGCUUAUGCCUCAAGAAUAAUACAUAAACUGUGAUGCAAUCAAGGUGUUAAAUUCGAGUUACAUACUAGGCUAUGAUGAAUAGAUUAUAUGCAAAGCUUGAAGAGAACACCGAACUUUAACUAUCUACCAGUUACAAUGUAGUCAGCUAUACUUCACAGAACUGUAAUUAUGUGUUCUCAUGUAGAUAUCGAUGAGUGUUCUACCAACUCUCACAGCUGCAACAUCAAUGCGGUGUGCAGCAAUGCUGUGGGGUCGCACGCAUGCGCCUGUAAGGCAGGAUAUACAGGUCGCCCCAUGUAAGGGAAUCCAAGACAGUCUUGGAUUGUAGAUUUCACGCCGUUGAUUGCGGAUUCCAGGUACUGGAUUUCAGUCCUUGUCAGAGGGGAACUUAGAUUCUUGAUUUCGAGUUGUAUUCCGGAUUACAAAAGCAAAAAUUUUCCGGGAUUCCGGAAUCAGGAUUCCCUGAUUAUACAGGCGAUGGAAGGACGUGCCCCGGCGAGUGAUUUUUGUUUAGACUGCGAGCAGUCUCUUUGCAGAAACUGGACGGCUUUUAAGAAAAAUGGCGGUGGACUGCAAGCAGUCUAGUUUUUGCUUUGUUUUGUUUCUCGCCUUGGUUGUUUUUUCUAUAUGCAUUAAAAGUAUAGAUAUCAGUUCACGUGCGUCUAUCACUUACAUUCUUGAGUUUAUAACAAUAAGUUUGAUUGCUGUUAAUUUCAUCUUCUUAUACCAAGCUAUUUGCUUAGCCGGAAAGCGAUUACAAUAAUGCAAAGUAGUGUUUUUUUUAUUUUUUUAUUUUAUUAUGAUUAUGAUUAUUAUUAUUUGUUUUUUUUUAUAGAUGUUGACGAAUGCGUCCGCGGUACUCACGCAAUGUAUACGCAAAACAGCCAAUCGGAUUGGCUUCAUUUCAAUGCAUUUCAGUAAACAAUUACAUUGGUUGUCUUUACACUAGGCUGUUACAUUUAAGUAAGACUUAAGAGCUGCUAAGUUUUACUUGACCAAAAAAUAGGUGUGAAGGCCUAAGUAAAAUCUCAAGCAACUUUACUUUGCAUCUCAUUAAACUCGGAAAGUUGAAGCGAUUCAAGAAAGUUUCAAGUGACUUGAAAACCAUCCUUAAAACCGACUUUCGCGAACUUGCGGUUUCUAAGCUUUGAGAAAGGCGAAGCAUGUCAAUCAAUCUUAAUUAUGUUGCGUGGGAAAAUAGGCUUAAGUAAACCUGAAGUAAAAAAGAUAGGCUGUGUGUGAAGCUUUCUUUUACUUGAAGAAUUUAAAAUUUACUUGUCUUGAAAUAUUUCUUAGCUUAUUUAGGCUCUAGUGUGAAGACUAUCAUUUACUUUAAUUUUACGGCACGUGUGUUUAAUUUAGGCCUCAUUUUAGAGAUAUAUGCAAUAACCGUAGGAUCUGACUAGAUGGCCAUGUCGCCGGAAUCAAAUCGGAAAAAAUUCAAAACUUGUUCGUACAAACUUUCUCUCUAUUAUUAUGACAUAUCAUGUUAAGUUAGCACCUUAUGCCAUAAAGGAAUCUCGUUAAGUUCGAUUUCUGCUAUAAUAUGUGACCCUCCACAGGAAUUUGAUGCUAAAGGUGAAAGCACGCGCACGACACGCUUGCACGACACGCUUAGCGUGCCGUAGAUCACGGAUAUGCGCAUAUUAAAUUGAAAAAACAAAGACGGACACACUUGCCGUUGUUUUGGCAAAUUUAACACGCUAGACCUUUUUUUUUUUGUAGCGUGCCAUAUGUCACGGUAAGUGUGCGAAUUAUAGCACGGUUAGUGUGCAAUUUGGGUAAGACACGCUGAACUCGCUUGAUUACUAAAACUGCUAAGAUGACAAAAAUGGCUAGGGUUUUCAGCGAUUUAAUCAGCAUUGAUAACUGGUCGAAGUGAAUCAAAUAUACCAAUUGAGACUGUUUUGGAAUUUGAUAGUAACCGUGGCCAUUUGAAAAUCACGACUUAAUGGUGGUCUAGCCUGGAAUUAACGCGAGAUCAGUGUAAACCAAUUCCUCGGGCUGUCGGCUGUUGACCGGAAUCGCAAAGAGGCCUGCUAUCGCAUGCGAGGCACUGAAGUUAUGUCGCCUGAAAAUUAUAGUUAUGCCACCGGAAUAAUUAUUAGCAGUAAUGCACAGAGAAAUGAAGUUGAAUAAAUUAGUUUAAUAUAUUUCUUUAAGCCAUGCUGAGACGAACGAAGGUAAUUAAAUCGGAGAAACAAAAACUGCUUAGAAUUUUCUAUAGGUUGAGGAAGGCUAAACAUUUCUAGAUGACCCUUCCAUGCAUGUACAAUUUACGAAGGUUAUCUAAUAAAUUCCUUACGAUUUUCUGAAGUUUAUUUUUUUCCAUUUCAUUCCCCAGUUAAGCUUUUUUUCGUAGAGAAUUUUUUUCCGAAAAUACGAUAAAAUUCUCACUUUCCUAAAACUUUCAAUUGGAAGCUAAAUUUUUCGGGAAAAUAAUGCUGAAGCCCUUGUAAUUUCGAAAAGACUGAAGUUGUCCUAGGAUGCUAGGAUGCAUUUAGGAGGAAAUCGCCGUCAGGUGCCCCUGACGAACGAAGCGCUAUCAAUCAUAAUUUAUGUAAAGAUAUCUCGUUAUGCUAUGCUAAGACGAAUCAAGCGCUGUAAACGUGUACUAUAUCUCGUUCUUCACAGGACGAAAAAAACAAGAAUCUGUAAACUAAAAACACUGUAGAAUGAGGGAGGAUUGCAGGCGACUUUUCUUUGAAUUUUGGGCGACAAAACUCAUAUUAUCAGGUUUUGGACGACAUAACUUCAAACGACAUCACUUUCGAGUAGCUUGACCGUCACCCCUUUAGAUCGAGCUCGAUGAAUUAAUUCAAUGACCGAACUUUAUGGAACAAAUGAUUGCCUUCAAGAAUUUCACGCGGACUACUUUUAAUUUAGUUCUUUUUCUCUUUUCUCAGUGUGUAACUGACAGAGAUUUAAUUCUCGGAUCGAACUUUAGUACUCUAAACACGCCGUAUUAUCGUGGCAAAAACAAAGAAUCAAACAAAAAAGCACCAUGCAAUUUCGGAAUUCUGUUAAAAAAUACAUUUUUUGCUUACUAUUCAAAAAGCGGUGAAACAGUCAUUAAUUAACUGAUCAUGUUUCGCUUUUUGUGUUAUUGUCGGCCGGAUCAAUUAAGCAACGUUGGAAACGUUUUGGAAUUUUGGUACAUCUAGAAAAGCAGGCUGGUUUUUAUUUGAUCACUACGAUGCUUGCAAUCGCUAAAAAAUAAAUAGAAUUUAGUGAUCCUGGCAUAAAAUAAUCAUUUGCACUGAAAACAGUUGUAAAGUAAAUAAUUUUCUCUAGCCAUGAUAAAAUUAAGCCUGUUGAAUGUAUACUGUUAUAAAAUUGCAUUUAGGUAUUGUGAAGGUUAUAGUUGCAUUUUAUUCAGCGUGGACAUCUCCAAAGGGAAGUUUGAUAAUGCAAGGAAAAUAAAGAUAUAGAAGAAAAAUAAUUUCAGUUCAAAUGCAAACUGUGUGGGUUUUGCUGAAUGCACACUUUUAUAGCCUGAAAUAAAUUUCCAACCAAGUAAAUAUAUAAUAUCCUGAUUUAUAUAUAUAAUUCCCCGAUUGCUUAUCAACAAUGCCAUAAAUUAUUUUAUUCCCACCUCUGGUGUUACUUGGUUCUAUCUCGUCAUAACCAUAUUCAAUGAGCUCAUUCAUUACAAUCAGUUUUAAUUAAACAUUGUCGUUUAAUUGUGAGUCUUCUUCUAUGGAAAAGUCAAGGUUUUUUGUGGUAUAUGAACUGCAAUUUGUCUUAAAUACUUUGUGUUGCUAAAUUGAUACUAGCUCGGUUUUUGUCGGCUGGGCAAAAGACCCACACUGGCAAUUAUAGUAACAGUAUCAGUCUUAUUAACGAAGCAGGGCCCAGUUGGUUAAUCAUAGGGUUAGUAUCAGCUUUAAAUUCUGUUCCAUAAUGUACAGGUAAUGGUGCGGAUUCCUGUUUUGUCUUAAAUUUAGACUUUGGUAACUCAACAUAAACCUUGAAAACCCUUUCUUAACAUACGACAUACACUAAACCCAAGGUUAGGGGAGAGUUCCAUGGGUUCCGGAACCCCCCUUUGGGCUAUGAACCUUGCUACAACUUCAAGCAAAGAAGAAAAAAAAUCAGAAAGGCCUUUCAUGCUAUAUCGAGGGUUGCAAUGUUAUUAUUAUAGAGAUUAGCAAGAGGUCUGCAAGACAACAUUACUCAGCUUGUGCGAAACACGGUGCCGGGUUGAAGACAAUGAAGCGCAUGAAGUUUUCUUUUCGUACUCCCAUCAGUACCGAGAACAGUAGAAGCUACGUCAAUUAAGUGGCUGUUUGCAAAUCAAUUUGAGGAAAUUACCUGGAACUGGGAUGCUGACAGUAAUAGCAAGGCAAACAGCCUGUGGUAUCCAAUGCUAAUUCAACACUACCCAGGUUACCACAGUGCCUUUCAUUAUAACAAGCCACUCAGUAUCAAGUUUAGCAGUGCGUACAGCUGAGGCCAUAAUUGGCAGAACCCAACCGUGAACUCUUUCCACUGAAACGUAGACAAGUUUGUGUAUUUGUUUGUUUGUUUGUUUUUUAUGUACGUCGCCAAUUACUUUAGCGGAAAGUGAGUGAUCGUUCAGGACAUUGUGCCAAGAGCCAUAAUCCCAUUAUGGCUCUUGAUUGUGCCGACUGAAGACACACCCAAGAUUGGCCAUGUCCAGCGACCGAUUGUCUGGACUUUCUUUAUUCUUUCCCAUCCCCACGUCUCACCCUUCACUCUCGUCUUGCGCUUCGCUAGAAAGCUCCGUUCACCAUGCAUGGCUCGUAAAGCGUCUGUCAUGCAGGCUACUCCAGGGUGUCCAGUUCCUAUUUUUUCCUAUUUUUUUUUUUAAACCUAUUCCUAUUUUGUCCUAUUUUUUUUUCUAUUCUUUUAGCUGGUGAGGCCAAAAUUUGUAACAAAAUUGAAAAUGGAAUUAUAGUUAUAUGUUUUCCAUAGAGUGAGAUUUAUCAUAAAGCAAGUAGUAUGUUCACUUUGAUGUUCAGGCUAAUAUUAGCAAAAAUAAUAGUUACGUUUGUUGUUUCCAUGUCCUCUAUCAAAUAUUGGAGUUCUGUUAACAAAUUUGUUCUAUUGUUACUUUUUUAUAUAAUUUUCUAGCGCACCUACAUGUAUUGUAUGCCGUGUUGUAGUUUUCAUGACUCUUGAAUAACACUGUGCGUAGCCCACCAUAGGACUUGUUAGUCCUAGUUCGACAUCCUUCAAUGACAACGCAAUGGUAAAAAUUUCUGUCAUAAGAAAUUUCACUGUUUGAAGCUUUUCAACGAUUUUGCCGCCAACUUGAAGGGAAUUUGCAUAUGAUCACCUUUGAUUAUAGAACAACGCUCGACCUGCGGUCAAGCAUAUCAUUCUGGAUUACAGUAUAACUGAACCAAUAAACUAAACGUUACUGAUCAUAUUCACUCCUUCUAAGCCGCGAAAGUUGAUCUAAAUCCUGCGAACGUAGAAGCCUUAAUUAUAACCCUGAUGGAGUGCGGGGAGGCAAUCUUUAUCGACGAAAGUACCACUGAUUUUGCUAUUUUUGUCCUAUUUUUUCAAUACAAAGUUUCUAUUUACUCAAUCCUGAGUUGCCUAAUUUCCUAUUUUAUUUUGAACAACCAUGUCGCCGGACACCCCGCUACUCUAAUAAACAUCCGGUACUGCAGGCUCCUGACGUAAGUUCAACAAUCGACAUUUUUUGUACGGAAUCAUCCAAGGAGCCUCCUUCUUGCUGAUAUGCUAGCUGAGUGAACAGUUCAUCACAACUGAUACCACAGUGUUUGAUAAAGUACGUUAUGUAUUCAACAACUAUUGACAGAUGCACUUUUAACCCUCUUUGAAAGGAAGGGUGAUUUGCAAUCCCCUCUCAGAAAUUGUAGCUUUAUUUGGCACUGACAUUAUUAGAAAUUUGUGGCCAGAAUCAAGAAAUUUCUAUCGGAGGGCAUGCACCCUCACCCAAUGCCUCUCACAAGAAUGCCACCUUAGGUUCCCCUGCAUGCAAAAUUGCUGGCUACGUCCCUGGGCUAUUAGACCCCGUUCCCCGGAAAAUGAGUCUUACAAUGGAUUGCACACUGGGAAGCUCCAACUGAAAUGGGUACGUUUUUUCGGACUGGAAAUUAUUGUGCGUCGAAUAAGGCAAACUGCUCUUAGUUACAAAAAAGAAGAAUCCUUCAAAUUAUUAAUGUCGUAGGUAUAAAUAUAUUAUGACGGGAUUAUUACCAGUCGCCUUGCAACAUCACAUACACAGCAUAUACAAAGGCAUAGAGGCACAAGUCUUAUAAAUUACCUUUGCAUAAAAAAUGUUCAAGUACCGAAAAAUGCAUGGCCGCAAAAGCAUGAAAUCGUUAUCACAAAUUGAUUUAAAGAAAUAUUGGGAGUCGAAUUUACAUUCCACCAUUUUGUCUGGGAAAACGUCCCGUUAAUAUUUUUAGCCAAAAAGACGGGAAAAGUCGUGCUGACCUCUAUUUACUUUUCAAGACACCUUUUUGAAAGUGGCUUACGAACAUGAGUUCAGGGCUGGUUUACGACCCUUUUUCGGAUGUCCCUUCCUUCACACAUUUUAUUUUCCCUUACUAGUGCAAGUUAAUUACCCAACUACACUACAGUAUAUACAAGUGUAAUUUUUAAACAAGCUUCAUUAAAAUAAAAAAGUCAUUAGAGAGAGCUUAAUCAGCAGAAGUUCUUGAGGUCACGAACGCCGACCGGAAGUCACUCGUGCUAGUGUGAAUGUACUGCGCAUGUGUUCGCGUCCGUCAGAACGCCACUUUUGAAGUUCAAGAUAGAACGUGAGAUUCUAGUAGUCGAGAGUUCGCGUUUGGGUAAGAAUUAUUCCUAAAUUGUUGGCCUACAACCAAGAAAAAACCCUUCUGCUAUUUUUCGGUGUUUUAAAAGAUGUAAACAUCAGGUAAACAGUUUCUAAGUUUAUUUUCGGACUCGAAAGGUUGAGCCGGCUAGCCCUGGCUGGCUGCAGAACUCGAAGAUGGCUAGGUUUACGGGAUUUACGUAAGAUUUACUCAGUUUUAGUCUAUGCGAAUCAUCGUCAAGUGAACUCACACAUCUUAUUUAAGCGAGCUUUAUCUUCUUGUAACUUCAAGGGCCAAUAAUGUCGACUGUAUGAUUUGAUAGUUUGCUUACAAUGAAAAAUAUUAAAUUACAAUGCUAUGACUGCGUCUUUUUCUGCAUUGGGUUGAUUAUUUAUAUCCUGAAAACGUUUUUUAGCUAGACGCCUGUGAUAUUUGGCGUAAUCGACUUUGAAAAAGAAUAGCAAACUAAAUCUCAUUUGUGGUUAAUGAAACUUUAAUAUAAAAUUGGCUGCUAAACUUCGCUGUCAUGUAUGGUUGUUCCACAGGCGGCCCAAACUCACGUUGCGAGGGAAGGGUGUAAUGUAAUUUACAUAACAUAUGUGACGCGCCGGUGUCGCGUUACAGACGACCGUUGAAAAUGUAAGAGACUUUGUAUGGGAAAUGUAUUACUGAGAUUUGCGAAGGCCAAAUAACGCUAAAACUUACUUUUUCUUAAAUGAAAUGAAUAAAAAAGUCUUACCUGCAAUCUAUUCCGCUGCGGUUUGGUGUCUGUUUGUCGUUUUACUAUUUUUUUGGCUUUAUUGCGUAACCACUGUUACUCCUUUCAUAAAACGAAGUGAAGGCUGGUCACUUCCAUCUGUAGGGGUCCUGGACCAGUCGCAAAAAAAAUGCCGUUUUUUUCGCCGAAAUUCAAAUCCGCUGCAAAUUUUUCAGCUCCAGCCCAAGAAGGAAACCUCUUCUUCCUCUCUGGGAGAUCGGCUCGAAAAAAAAUCCGUAAUUUCCCCAUCAAAUCGAGCCAUUUGUGCCGGACUUCGAGGCAAGUCUGGCUUUCGUGCAGUGCCUGUGACCACUGUCGCGCUUACCAAGGUUUCCAAUUUCAAAUGCAAAUUAGUUGCUAGGGUGGCGUGGUGGGGCGAGGAGCCUAGUUAACGGGUCAUUUCUGCCCUUGCACCCGUCGCGUAAGUGCUAAUUGUCACCCUAGCAACUAAUUUGCAUUUGAAAUUGGAAACCUUGGCAUUUUUUUUGCGACUGGUCCAGGACCCCUACAGAUGGAAGUGACCAGCCUUCACUUCGUUUUAUGAAAGGAGUAAUAGUGGUUACGCAAUAAAGCCAAAAAAAUAGUAAAACGACAAACAGACACCAAACCGCAGCGGAAUAGAUUGCAGGUAAGACUUUUUUAUUCAUUUCAUUUAAGAAAAAGUAAGUUUUAGCGUUAUUUGGCCUUCGCAAAUCUCAGUAAUACAUUUCCCAUACAAAGUCUCUUACAUUUUCAACGGUCGUCUGUAACGCGACACCGGCGCGUCACAUAUGUUAUGUAAAUUACAUUACACCCUUCCCUCGCAACGUGAGUUUGGGCCGCCUGUGGUUGUUCGCUCGAUUAGUGUCUACACAAUCAAAUAGAACAAGACGGCAUUUCAAGCUUGGCGAAUAAGCGUGAAAGGUGAAAUCUUCAUAUGAGAAUGGGACAAAGAAAAUGUACGAGUUCCCUUCAGCGACAAAGAUCUUUCUGAAAUUCGAAAUGUUACGUCAUGAGUGAAUACAUUUCAAAUAGCUAAAAGUAAACACAAACAAGACGUCCGUGACUGACUUUACACAAAAACCAUUCAUUGGCUAAUCUUCACUUUUCGCGCAACAAACGCCGUACUCGAUCCAGACCGGGCGCAACCUUCCUGACGUCCGUGACCUCAAGAACGUCUGCUGCUUAAGCUCUCUAUUUAGUUUCUACAAGAAGUCUCUGUGUGCUUCCUUUUUUAGACUUGGAUGAAUGUACCACUGGCUCCCAUUCCUGUGACUUCAAUUCCGUAUGCCAGAAUACCGUGGGUUCAUACAAAUGCUCGUGUAAUGCUGGGUACACAGGAGAUGGAAAACAUUGCAAUGGUAUUUGAGAUACAGUUGAUCCUCCAUGUGCGACCAUCUCUCCUAGGCGACCCAUAAGUCUACAUGGAGCUACACAUAUCGUAACUGUGAAAUUGCACACAAUUGUUUUUCAAAGAGACAACCUGUUAAUGUUCGAUUUUUGUAAACGACAUCUUCCCGUAAGCGACCUCUAAUCUGAAGGUUCUUAAAGAAGACGACGAAUUGAAGGUGCAAUGUUUGUGUGCAAAAGCUCAACACUGUCAUGUCAUUUUGGAAAAAAGCCGAAAACCAUAUUUGUUGAAACAUGCAAACAACAACUCAAACAAGAACAAAAAAACAAGAAAAAAAAAAUGAAUACAUCACCUUAAUUAACGGCCAGAUGUAAACCAUCUGGUAGAUUUACGUAACUUACAAUUCUCAUGCAGAUAUCGACGAGUGUUCUACCAACCCUUACAGUUGUGACGUUACUGCGGUGUGUAGCAAUAAUGUUGGAUCGCACGCAUGCGCAUGUAAAGCAGGAUUCACAGGCGAUGGAAAAGCAUGCUCUGGUAAGCUGUUGCGGUGUUGUAACAAACGCUUCCAAAGCGAUGUGCGUGCCUGUAUUUUCUAACGAUGGACAUGCAACCUAAAUGGUUCGAAAUAAUAAUUAAGCAAAACUAGAAAUACGCAUCUCGCAAAAUUUCACGAAACUCGGUCUUGCACAAUUGUCAAGCCCAGCCGGUUAGAAACUGAUUAUCGUAACACCUGGGACUUCUUUCUCUCCCGUUUUCGUUUUUGUUUCUCUUCAUUAUCCUAUUUGAUUUUUAAAUGCGUAUUUUAAAGCAUUUUUUUCGAAUUGUGUUUAUUACGUGUAAUUUAAUGUCCUCCCCCCUUCGUUUAUAUGUAAAAGGGCAAUAAUAAUAAUAGUAAUAAUAAUAAUAAUAAUAAUAGUAAUAAUAAUAAUAAAGCGAUUACCUAUUGUAGUUAAGCAGGAUUAACGCAUAGAGAAAAUAAGAGUAAAUCACCGUAUUGAUCAAGAGUUUGCUGCAUCACUAAAUAAGAAGGCUUCCUCACUUUUUUCGCCAGAUAUCGACGAGUGUUCUACCAACUCUCACAGCUGUGACGUUAAUGCGGUGUGUAGCAAUAAUGUGGGAUCUUACGCAUGUGCAUGUAAAGCAGGAUACACAGGCGAUCGAAAAACAUGCACUGGUGAGCCGUUUGGGUUUAAUCUCGUUUGUAUGAUAUUUUUGUUUUUAGAUUGAAUGCAACGACAGCAAUGCAAGUGUCUUUUUUGCUCGUCUCGUCUCUUACAGUUAAAGUUUUGGUUUGGCAGGAAUUUAAUGUAAUUUUACUAUUGACUGUGUGUAGUAAACAACUAGAAAAGCAGAGCAGGUAAGUGCAACGGCGGAUUAUUGUUUAGACCUGCGAUCAUUUUUGUAGGCCUAAAAGUCAAUUGGUUCGAUGCCCUAAACGUGAAACAAUGAGAAAUUAUGACAAACUAAUGAAUGAUGUGUUAUUGUUUCUGCGACGAAUGAGGAAACACCUUACGAGCAGCUCCAUCGUUGCUGUUUUUUUUUUUUUUUUUUUUUCAAUCGCGCUUAAGAUUUAAUUUAGUCCGUUUUCCUAGUUCUUUUUUCUCUUAACAAUGAAAACUGUUUUGAUUAUACGUUUUGGCAUUCUUCGUUUUGUAGAUAUUGACGAGUGCGCCAGCGGUACUCACAACUGUCACAGUUCACUUGCUUCAUGUACAAACACAAUGGGAUCUUUUAGUUGUUCAUGUAGCAAUCCUUACAGUGGAAAUGGCAGAACUUGCAAUCUACCAUCAGGUAAUCAACUCGCCGAAUGUUUGGAAGGUGUCCAUUUACUAGACCGCCAC